AUGCGCUCUAAAAUAUCUACAUGUGAAGUGAAAGUGAUCGAACGCAUGGGUGAUAUCCUUGCAGAACAUACUACCAGCACUCUUCAACUUUUUUCAGAAAUUAAAAGUGGAACUGUAAAAUUACUGAAAAUAUUAAUACUACUGCAAGUUGUGCAAACAAUAAUUCCUUCAUAUGUAAACGGACAAGAUCAGACGAAAAGCACAAGUACAUUGGUAUGGUCAAGCUCCAGCGGCUGGGGAUUGGAGGUUGACGACUGCAACAACACUCAACAACAGGCCUGCUACAACCCCAUUGUCAGAUACAACCUGCUCCUGCCCCCCGAGGACGCUCAUCCACACGCCCCUAGGGAGGGGGAGGGACUCACUCUAACUGUCCUCAACCAAAGGAAUGCUGCUGUCGUCUUUCACAAGGUGUUCCCGCUCGGUCACUACUGGGCGCACUAUGCUGACCUACAGUGGCACUUGGAUCGCGUGGCACCCGGACGCAUCCUCGUCCUCACGGUAGCCGUGUCUGGCGCCAUGGGACUCCGCCAAGCAGCCCUCCAACUCGCUCGCCUCGGCUCCCUCUUCGCCUUGCACCUCACGCCCAUGGCACACUGGACAUGGGUCUUCGUCAAGGGCGGCCGCACCAUUUCAGAGACGGUCAUCCUUCAAGGACUAGCUCAACACCAGGCUCACCUUAUUCUGCCUCUCUCCGAUCUACCCACGCCCACUACUCCCUCCAAUCAAACGCUGCAACAACAACGCUGGCACUACUGCCACCUGCACGCUGCCAUGGGCGGACUUUGCGACGAGCACACUCCGGACCCGCUGCCGCCGCCCCCGCCGCCUACCCUCCCGCGCCAAUCCGCCCUCGCCCAUGUGCCCGUCGUGGUCACAGCCGGGGCCCGGCACCAGUACCUCUACCACACCCUCAAUGCCCUCCUCACUGCCCCAGGGGCACAACGUAACAACGUCCUCGUCGUGCUUGGGGACGCACCACAGCCUACCACGCAACUGCUACGUCUCAUCAACGUCAACUUCACCAAAGUUCCUGUUCUCGGGGAAGGCAACCUCAAGCUCUUCCGUUACUACCGUAGCGUCUUCCAACUGGUGGCUCGCACCUUCCCCGACGCCCCUGCAGUCAUUUUCCUGGACGAGGACGUCGAGGUCUCCCCAGACUUCUUCUCCUACAUGAGCCAGACUCUGUGGUUGCUCCGCGAGGACCCCACACUCUACUGCAUCAACGGUUUCUCUGCAACAGGAUUUGAAGGACGUGCAUUCGACAAAUCACAGGUAAUUCGAGGAUCCGUUCAAGUAGAGUGGGGUUAUGCAGUUUCUCUCGACUUUGUUAGAGAAGCACUUGCAUCCUGGAUUGAUGAAGUUAAACACAUCUCUCUAUGA